AUGGCGUCACUUAACCUGUCGGCCAACGGUCCCUCGAUAUCGAAGAGCUACCAGUCUGUAGUCGACUACCCUGUUUCAGAGUCCGCACGGGGCUCUCCGACCUUUGCCAAAUGGGCCAUCUUCUCCGUUACCACCCCCCUGGUGAGCUCUUUUCAGCAAGAUGCUGGUAGUAAAGAAAGCGUCCUCAAGGUUCAGGACAGCGGAGAGGGCGAAUUGGCCGAUCUCAUUGAAGAGUUUUCGGAAGGGAAAAUCCAGUUUGCUUUUGUCAAGGUGACCGAUAUCAAUACGGGGCUGCCGAAGAGCGUCCUUAUUGCCUGGUGUGGAGAAGGAGUUCCUGAGCGGACAAAGGGGUAUUUCACUAGCCACCUCUCGGCAGUCUCCAAAUUCUUACAUGGCUAUCACGUCCAGAUCACGGCUCGUUCGGAUGCAGAUUUGACGGUCGAGGGUAUCGUGCAGAAAGUCAGCGAUGCGUCCGGCGCCAAAUACACUCCGGCGCCUGACCGAACUCCUGAUCCCGGCCCCAAACCUCCUGUUUCCAGCAAACCCGUGUUUACCCCUCUUCGGACUGGCGGAAUUAACGCGACGAGCGCAGUCGCUGCGAAGCCGCUUCCAGUCCGCAUCAAGUCAAACGAUGAUGACGGCUGGGGCGCUGAUGCGCCACCCGUAACGAGGACGAAUCUAGAAAAGGUCCAGUCAGCCUAUCAACCGACCAAGGUCAAUAUACAAGAACUCAAGUCGGGAAAGCAAACCGAGCCGUCCCGUGGCCUCGAAACCACGAGAAUCCAGGCAGGUGACGUGGUGAAAGGUGGAUAUCAACCUAUUGGAAAGGUGGAUAUUGCUGCCAUUCGGAGACAAGCCCGCGAAGCGGGUGACUUCAAAGAAGAGAGACCGGAAACGGUGAAAGGAGCAUAUGAGCCAGUGGGGAAGGUCGACAUUGCUGCAAUCCGCGCGAAAGCUCAAAAGUCGGACACUGUUCCCGCACCCCCAAAGAGUGGCCAUACCCCAUCUGAAAAUGCUUCUGCAGAACCUGCUUCUGAUGAAACGGGCCGACUGACUACACUGCCCAAACCCAAAGUCUCAAAUAGAUUUGGUGGUGGUUCCGCGUUUAUAGGGACAAAGCCCCCCGUCCCUGUUGGUAGCACGCCAAAGGCCGCACCACCAGCUCCAAUUGGUAGCGCCAGUCGAACGUUUGCUGACCAAGGAGGCAAGACACCCGCACAACUCUGGGCCGAAAAGAAGGCUAGGGAGCGGGGCCAUGAGCCUGCUGCUGUUGUAACUCCUUCGAAUGACUUACCAGCCGCUAUCCAGAGCCAGAAUAGUGGCGGAGGGGAAUGGAAAAGUUCCUAUAGUGGAAAGACUUGGGCACCUGUCCAGACCACACAUACUGGAAAAUCGGCUCGGAGCGCUUCCAACGAGCCCACAGGACUUGCCACGGCUGAAGAGCCAUCUCCUGAACCUCCGGUUUCGCAACAAGGCGUUGCCGCCAUUCGCGACCAGCUUACGCAAGGGCCACCGAAUGACGCUCCAAGCUUUGCCUAUGCGGUCAAGCCUUUGCCUUCUUCCGACGGGGCAGCAAAUGCAGCAGCGGCGUUUGAAGCGACCCGUGAGCAAGAGGAACACCGCCCGCGCAGCCCUAGCCCUCCCCCACCCCAGCCCCCCAGAUCCCCAACGCCGGAAAUCUUGGAGCGUGAGAGUUCACCCAUUCGAGUUGCUAUGCCGGUUGGUAAGGGAGCUGCGGAUACUGAAGAAGAUCAGAUCCCAGAUCCUGCUCCAGAACAUCUCCAGAGCCCUCAGCAGGGCUUACACCAAGAUGACGACAUCCAUCAUGCCGCUGAUAUAUCUGCUGAAGCCACCACGCAUGAUGAUGUUUCCGAGUCUGGCAAGUUACGAGCCCUCGUGCAGUAUGAUUAUGAAAAGGCGGAGGAUAAUGAGGUAGAUUUGAGGGAAGGGGAAUACGUGACAGAAAUCGACAUGGUGGACAAAGAUUGGUGGUUAGGUGUCAAUGCGCGCGGGGAGAGGGGCCUCUUCCCGAGUAACUAUGUCGAGAUUGUCGAAGAUGACGAGCAAAGCCAUGCCGAACCUGAUACCCAGACACAUGCAGCCACCGCCGUUGCGCCCGAGCCUGUUCCGGAGCCAGUUUCCGAGUCUGCCUCGCCUGCCGAAUCCCGUAACAAGCCCACCGCCAAAGCUCUUUAUGAUUAUGAAGCCGCCGAGGACAAUGAACUCAGCUUCCCCGAUGGUGCCGAGAUCAAGAACAUUGAAUUUCCGGACGAUGAUUGGUGGUUUGGUGAAUAUCGUGGCAAGACAGGGCUGUUCCCAGCAAACUAUGUACAGCUCAACAAUUAG